AUGUCUCGAUUUCUCAUGCCUUCGGACAUUGGCCUUCUGGUCCUUGUCGAGCUUUACACAGAAGGCGCCGUUCCUGGCGACGGCAUCAUCCCCGUCCUGUCCUUCCUGGCUUCUCACACCGGCACCGACGUAAACAAAGACCUGCCAGGCCCCCAGGGACUCUGGCAGAAGGCUCAAGAUGACAUCGAUCUUGUGAAGUCCAUCAAGACCUUCGAGUCUCUGCUGCUCCCCUUCUCUACCGCCGUCGGUCUGCCCGGCCGCCGACUCUGGGAUCUUUUCCUCUCCAAAUUAUGGGCCAUCGAUUCGUUAGACGCUCUACAUGACUUCUUUGACCGACGGUCAUCCCUACUCGCAACCAAGGAAGAUAUCCAGCAAAUGGUCGAUCCCGAGCCCGGCGCCCAAACAAGUAGAAUACCCCUCGUGCCCAACUCCCCUCUGGCCUUGUUCAUUCGGCGAGCACAGCUGGAGUUCAACAGGCUGCAGUUCUCGGAUUCCUCGAAUUUGUGGAAGGAUCUGAUCGUCUACCGACAACCAACAGCCUCAGCCUGGACCAGACGCAACCCUUCCUCGGGCCCAGUCCGGUUUGACAAGGUUCUCGACAUCUGUCGGCAGGAUUGGGGAGAGGGCGCCGCCUCUAUCGAGUCUAUUGCCUACGGAGAUUUGAGCUCUUCUCAUGUUCCCGUCAGCGCUCACUGCUUGGAUCGCCUGAUCGAGUUCCAAGUGGCUCAGAUGCAGAGAUAUGGCCUUCGCGUCCCUCGACCAAUCCAGAGACAAUUUUCUGAUCUCCUGGAAUCGAGCCGCACAAACCCCAAACUUGGGCAUUAUCUCAGGUUCCUCGAGGCUUGGAAAUCAGGAGACUACCCCACGUCGUUUGAUUACCUACAUCGGUAUUUUGACUACACCAUGCAGAACAGUGACAGAGAGCACUACCAUUAUGCCUUGUUGAACCUCGCUGUGCUCCAAGCAGACUUUGGCUGCUAUAAGGAUGCUGUGUCCACUAUGCUGGAGACAAUUGCGACCGCCCGAGAGAAACGGGACCAAAACUGCCUCAACUUUGCCUUGAAUUUCUUCUACAACUUCGGCCUCCAGCAUCCACGCCUGGUGGAAGAUCUAGAGUCGAGCAGCAUCAGUGCCACCGGCCGGGAAACACUCGCCUUCCUCCGAGUGAAAGCCAAGGAAACGGGAAUGUGGUCAACCUGGAGCUCAGCUUUGCUGAGCGAAGCUAAGCAGGGUCUGCUGAGUGGCGAUAGUGUUGCCACUGCACUCGAGAACAUCGCGCGCAGCUCACAUCUCCUGGUCGAACGGAACCUCGUCAACAUGAUUGGCACCCACAUAUCACUCAACAUUGCCGUCUGGGACAGAGUCGGAGUUGCCUUCCUGUCCAAGAUGAUGUGUGAGGUUUUUCUUCGUUGCCAUGCGCCCAACGCCAUGCUGGAUGAUACACUGAAGAUCACAUGUCGGCUAGCAAGCAUCCUGGCAACCAAGGGCAAGUACAAUGAGGGAAUGAAGUUUCUCGAAAGCAUCAACGAGGACUCCCUGCGGACAUGGAGGGCCAAGAAAUACUGGCAGAAAUUGCGUGCGCUUGUCAAGCUGCGCAGAGACCUCCACCGCAAUGAUUUAGACGGAGUAGAAUACCUCCUCUCACAAAUCAUGCAGUCCAAGCCUGACGACCUCGAAUCCGAUCUCACCUUCGUCGUCGACUCGCUGCAUUACGAAUUGCUCAUCCGACGUGGCGACCUCCAAGCCGCCUUCGCCAAAGUCGAACAGCUGAUUUCCGACAGCCACGACCAGGACAAGGACGUUGGCGUCCGAACACGCCUGCUCCUCAUGAAGGCGCAGCUAUUCCAAAAGGCAGGGCGUCCCCAGCGCGGCUUUUCUGCCGCCAUGCGCGCUGCCAACCUUGCCUGGAAAGCACGGCUUAUGAAUCUGCUGUGGCAAUCCAUGGGUACCAUAGCGGACGUGCUUAUUUCGCUCGACGAGUUUGAGGCCGCAGAGAAGCUUCUCCUUGUCGUCAUACCGCGGUGUCUCGAAUGCGAUGGGUCUUAUAUGGCCGCGACCAUGUACUCCAGCCUCGCAGAUGCCCACGUAGGCACCGCAGGCAAGAUGGCGCCAGCGCCUGGCGCCGGUCCUGGUCCUUCGAACAGGAGGACGGAAUAUCUCAAUAAGGCCAUGGGAGCCUUGAGACGGGCUUUCGAUUACUACGCAGCCGUGGAGGACCUACAGAAGAAGCUGGAGGUAACCGCUAAGAUGUCGACGAUCAUGAGGGUAAGAGGCGACGUCAAGGUUUCGAAUGACCUGGCGGCUAAAUUCAUCGAGCUAAGGAGCGAGGCGACGAAGGUUUGA